AAUUAUGAACCAUGUAACAUGGUCCAUGUUAUAGUGAAAAGAUCAGAAUUUAUGUGCGAAAUGAGCAUUAAACAACGGAAAUUGAACAUUUUACUAUUUUCAGGUUAUAUUCUCUAUGACUCGGGCUAUGAUGUCUGGUUAAAUAAUGCUCGUGGGAACGAUUAUUCGCGGCGUCAUGUAAAAUAUCAUCGAAAUGGCAAACGAGAUGAGCGUAAAAAGUAUUGGAAUUUCUCAUGGCAUGAAAUUGGACGAUAUGACUUGCCAGCGACUAUUGAUUAUGUGUUGAAAGAAUCGAAUCACUCGCAAUGCCAUGUAAUUGGGCAUUCUCAAGGCGCGACAUCGUUCUUCGUUAUGACAUCGGAGAGACCUGAUUACAAUGAAAAAGUUCUUCUUAUGACUGCAUUGGCUCCGCCAGUCUUUAUGGGACAUGUGGAUAACGAACUACUACAGCUGAACGUUCGAUAUUUGAGCUCAAUUGAAAUGAUAUCGGAUUGGGUUGGUUUUUAUGAGUUUUCGAGGCAAGCAAAUGAUUUAUUGGUGCAAACCCAGAACAGUGUACUGUGUUAUAUUGAAGCAUUGCGAAAAACACAACUAUGUAAUAACAAUUUUUCUCCAUUAGUUGGAAAUAUAACGGAGCAUGUGAAUCGAUCGUAUAUUCCAAUCAUAGACGCUCAUGCACCGGCCGGUGCAUCGACGAAACAACUCUUUCAUUACGGUCAAUUGAUUCAUAGCCAUCAUUUUCGUCACUAUGACUACGGUUUGCAUGGUAAUCUACGGAUCUAUCGCCGUGCCGUGCCACCCGAUUAUAAUUUAAAGAGUUGCACCGCAAAAGUGGCCAUUAUGUAUGCCGAUCAGGAUACAACCGUUGCGGCUGAAGAUAUACGGCGAUUGCCAUCCGAAUUGCCAAAUGUCGUUGAAAUUCGUCGCGUCGACGAUGACAUAUUCAAUCAUAUCGAUUUUGUGUGGGCUAGCGAUGCAAAAGAGCUCGUGUACGAUUACAUCAUUGACUGGAUGAAAUCGAUGGAAAAACCGAAAUGACAUUGAUAACGAAUGAACGGAAGCGAUGGUACCAAUUUGCCAUUUACUUGAAUGUGACUGUGGCAUUGCAUAUCUCAUACAUCAUUCAUUUAGAAUGGCUUUUGAACUCGAAAUUUUAUGUUUUCCGGCUCAUACCAUAUUUCCUCCCCUUUUUUUCCCAUUUCACAUCUUCUCCCCCUUUUCAUUCAUUUCAAUGUAGUCUGAGUAUAUUAUUACUAUUAUCGAAAAUCUUUUACUUGAAUCCUUUUCUUCUUUGUGAAUCAUUUUCCAAAUAUUUGACUUCUUUGCGAACGAAAUCGAAGAAGAAAAAUGUCUCCAAAUGAAACAUUUUAUAUAAAGUGUAUGCGAGCCGACGAACGAACGAACGAGAGAGAUGGUGUGACGGUGGAGGGAGGCAAAUGAGUCAUCGUAUAUGGGUACCCAUAGUAUUUGAGCACUGUACAUAUACUCGUUGCUAGUUGUAUUGUAUUAAAGUAGAAGCGCAACAUUCAAUGCUACACUGUGGAUGUAUAUUGGUGACGUAAAUUACGAGCAAAUAAAAUGAAAAAUUCAAUUUCCUUUCGUUUUUUGCUGUUGUUGUUUUCAAAACUGUUUGCUAGCUAUUUGCUUUUCUUUUCUUUUACUAAACCGAAAGAAUAUGACUCUUGAUUUCGCGAACACAGUAUAAAAUCGAAUGAAUUCGUAUCGAUUGAAAUCGUUGUUGUUGCUGCUUCUUUUCGCUUGAUUUUUUCGAUUCUGAAUGCCGUGAGCAU